UUUUUCUUAAAGGAUUUACCAAGCUCACCACCGCCAGCAACUCCAAGCGAUGCUGCCGAUAGACGUGAUUUGCGCGCUGCUAUGACAUCUCCUGUGGGCGAUUUCGAACCAUUUGAAAAUGAAGAUGAAAUUUUGGGAGAUCAAACAGUACGCGAUGAGGAGGAGGAAGAUGGAGAGGAAUUGUUUGGGGAUAAUAUGGAAAAUGAUUAUCGUCCAAUGCCGGAAUUGGAUCACUAUGAUCCCGCUAUGUUGGAUGAUGAAGAGGAUUACUCUGAAAUGUCGCAAGGUGAACGUUUGGCAGCCGAAGCUGAAAUGCGUCGUCGAGAUCGUGCCAAAGGCAUACACAGAGAUGAUCGCGAUCUGGGCUUCGAUCAGAGUGAUGAUGAGGAUGAUGUUGGACCGAGGGCUAAAAGAAGAGCUGGUGAAAAAGCUGCAGCCGGUGAGGUAGAAGAUCAGGAAAUGGUUGAGUCCAUUGAAAAUUUGGAAGAUACAAAAGGUCAUUCUACAAAGGAAUGGGUUAGCAUGUUAGGUCCACGUACUGAAAUUGCCAAUCGUUUCCAAUCUUUCCUGCGUACUUUUGUGGAUGAACGAGGUGCUUACACAUAUCGUGACCGCAUUCGUCGUAUGUGCGAACAAAACAAAUCAUCAUUUGUUGUGUCCUAUACCGAUUUGGCCAACAAGGAACAUGUGUUGGCCUACUUUUUGCCCGAAGCACCAUUUCAAAUGUUGGAAAUCUUCGAUAAGGUUGCAAAAGAUAUGGUGUUAUCAAUUUUUCCAACAUACGAACGGGUUACCACAGAAAUCCACGUCCGCAUAUCAGAAUUGCCCUUAAUUGAAGAGUUGAGAACGUUCCGUAAAUUGCAUUUGAAUCAGUUGGUGAGAACACUGGGUGUAGUUACCGCCACAACUGGGGUUUUGCCUCAACUUUCAGUAAUUAAAUAUGAUUGCGUUAAGUGUGGUUAUGUCCUGGGUCCAUUUGUACAGUCACAGAACACAGAAGUAAAACCUGGAUCGUGUCCCGAGUGUCAGAGUACUGGGCCAUUUUCGAUUAAUAUGGAACAAACUUUGUACCGGAACUAUCAAAAAAUUACACUUCAAGAGUCUCCUGGACGUAUUCCAGCUGGUCGUAUCCCCCGAAGCAAGGAUGUUAUUCUAUUGGCUGAUCUAUGUGAUCUUUGUAAACCAGGCGAUGAAUUGGAAGUUACCGGCAUUUACACCAAUAAUUAUGAUGGUUCUCUGAAUACGGAUCAGGGCUUCCCAGUUUUUGCCACUGUCAUUAUAGCCAAUCACAUUGUCGUUAAAGAUUGUAAACAAGUUGUUCAAUCGUUGACAGAUGAAGAUAUCGCUACCAUUCAGAAAUUGAGCAAAGAUCCUCGUAUAGCAGAUCGUAUUAUUGCUUCGAUGGCUCCUUCAAUUUAUGGCCAUGACUACAUCAAAAGAGCGUUAGCAUUGGCGUUGUUUGGCGGUGAAGCUAAAAAUCCGGGAGAGAAGCACAAGAUUAGAGGUGAUAUCAAUUUGUUGAUAUGUGGUGACCCUGGUACUGCAAAAUCUCAAUUCUUAAAAUAUACCGAAAAAAUUGCUCCACGCGCAGUUUUCACAACUGGCCAAGGUGCCAGUGCUGUGGGUUUAACAGCGUACGUUAGGCGCAAUCCCAUCUCAAAGGAAUGGACAUUAGAAGCAGGUGCAUUAGUGUUGGCCGAUCAAGGUGUCUGUCUUAUUGAUGAAUUUGACAAAAUGAACGAUCAGGAUCGUACUUCUAUUCACGAAGCUAUGGAACAACAGUCUAUAUCUAUAUCCAAGGCUGGUAUAGUAACCUCGCUACAAGCUAGAUGUACUGUUAUUGCUGCUGCUAAUCCCAUUGGCGGUCGUUAUGAUCCAUCCAUGACAUUUUCGGAAAAUGUUAACUUGUCGGAACCAAUUUUGUCUCGUUUUGAUGUAUUGUGUGUAGUCAAAGACGAAUUCGAUCCCAUGCAAGAUCAGCAUUUGGCUAAAUUCGUUGUCAACUCACAUAUCAAACACCAUCCAUCAAGUGAGACAGACGUAGAGGAUUCACAGCAGCAGAAUAUUAGUGAAAUUCCACAGGAACUUUUAAGGCAAUAUAUUGUAUAUUCCAAGGAGAAUAUUAGGCCUAAAAUUUCGAAUAUUGAUGAGGAUAAAAUUGCCAAAAUGUAUUCUCAAUUGCGUCAAGAGUCCUUUGCUACCGGUUCACUACCCAUUACUGUGAGACACAUUGAGAGUGUUAUUCGUAUGGCUGAAGCCCAUGCCCGAAUGCAUUUACGAGAAACUGUUACGGAGGCUGAUGUUAGUAUGGCCAUACGUAUGAUGUUGGAAUCAUUUAUCGAAGCUCAAAAAUUCAGUGUCAUGAAGAAAAUGCGAGCAACUUUCCAAAAAUAUUUGGCCUUCCAGAAGGACCAUUCCGAACUACUAUUCUUUAUAUUGCGUCAACUCACAUUGGAUCAGUUGGCCUAUAUUCGCUGCAAAGAUGGUCCAUCUGCUACACACGUUGAAAUUAUGGAACGUGAUUUAAUGGAACGUGCCAAACAAUUGGACAUCUUCAAUUUGAAACCUUUCUAUGAUUCGGAAAUCUUUAAACAGAAUGGAUUUUCAUAUGAUCCUAAGAGACGUAUCAUUUUGCAGAUUGUUCAAGAAGCGGCAGUCUAAAGCGAAGAAUAUAAAUUUGUUA